AUGAGCAAAUGGGGUUUAUUAGCAGGGGAAAUUUUGUGGCCCAAGGAAUUUAUAUAUGUUAUUGAAAAUGAAGGUUGUAAUAAUAAAUUUGGGCAUAGUUAUGUGAUAAAAUAUAAUGGAAAUAUAGUUCAAAAAAAUUUAAAAAAAUGUUUAAAUAAUGUAGAUAAAAUGAUAAAUGCAACUAAAUCUAUAUGUGUAAAUUUAGAACAACAAAUAGAUGAAUAUGAUCCAGAUAAUUUAAAUUAUGAAAAUAAAAUAUCAGACGAAUCAAAAAAUGCUAACCAAAUAUUACUUAGAUUAUCAGAAAAAAAACAAGGGAUGAAAGAACAACUUUCAAAAAUAAAUACAAUUCAAGAAAAAUUUGAUAUAUUAUUAAAAAAUGAACCAUCUUAUAACUUCCGAUUAGAUUUUCCAUAUUCCAAUUUUCAAAACAAUCCUUUAAUCGAAAAAAUAAAAAAUUCAUACUUAAACACAAAAAAUGAAAUUUAUAACAAUUGGGCAAUAACUCAUACUAACAGCCCCAGUCAAAAUUAUCAAACCUAUCAAAAUGGUCAAAAUGGUCAAAAUUACCAAACCUAUCAAACCUAUCAAAAUGGUCAAAAACGUGGUGACAAAACUAAACGCGAUGAAAAUAAAAAAGGAUAUAGAAGCUAUAUAUAUAAUAUAAAAGUUAUAGAAUGUGACGAAACGAUAGUAGGGGGUCACGAAUUUAUAUUUUCAGAAGACAGUUCAAAUAACGUAAAAAUUAACAAGUUAAUUAAAGAAGGGAAAGAUAUAAAAAAUUCGAUAUAUGAAUAUAAGGAAUAUUGUAAAGAUAUGGAUAAUUGUGAAGAAAACGAAGAGUCAUAUUUUGAGGAAGAAGAAAAAGAAAACGAUUUGAAUUACAAAGACGGAAAAAAUAAGAGUACAGGAAAUAAAGAUUACGAAGUUACAUACGAAACGUUAGGUGUGGUCCCAUAUAGUGACAUAAUUAUAUUAAAUAAAAAAGAGCUUGAUAAAAAAAAUAAACAAGUUGCAGGGUUUGUAACACCAUUUAUGAUAAAUGGUAAUAUUAAAAAAAUGAUUAAAAAUAUAAAUCCAUAUAAUAAAUAUAAAUUUAGUGAUGAAAUGGUAUAUAAAAAUUUAUGUAACAUUAUAAAAGUUAUGAAUUAUUUACAAGAGAAAAAUAUAGUUCAUGGGAAUAUAAAACCAACUAAUUUAUUUAUAAGUAACAAUGGUUUUAAUAUUUUAAUUGGAAAUUUUGUUCCCAAAAUGAAAUUAACAAAUUAUUAUUUUUAUGUUAUAAAUAAAACAAGGGCAUGUAUGAAAUAUAUUUCACCUGAACUUUUACUUUAUAUAAAAAAAAAAACAAAUAAAUUAAAAAAAAAUAUAAAAAAAAAUAAAAUAAUUAAUAUAGAAAAGUAUCUUAUAAAAAAUGACAUAUUCUGUUUAGGAUUAUCUUUUUAUUAUAUUAUAUCAAUGAAUGAAGAUAUUUUAAAUUAUAUAAAUGAUUCUCGAAUGUUUCAAUAUAAGGUUGAUCAUCUUCAAUCAUAUAUAAAAAAACCAGAAUUAUUUUAUCUUCUCAAAAAUCUUUUAAUAUAUGAUCAUAUGUAUAGACCUAACUGGUCUGACCUAUCUAAUAUCAUAACACAAAUAAAUAAAGAACGAAUAAAAAUUUUCAUCUAA